AAAACUCCAUUCUGAUUGAUCUUGUUGUCCGUAUGAGACUCUCUCCUGGUGAGGGCACGAUACAACUCUACAACUUCUGGCGCACGCCGCACAGACCUUUUUCCAAGUGUUGUUUUUGAUGGUAGUGGUGGAGGUGGCGGCGGUCUGUUUAUACCUGUAGACUGUUCUUUGACCAUUGGCUUUGGGUUUGGAUUCUUUGCCUCUGGCGCUUUCAGCUUAUCAUUCCUCAUUAGAGAAGCUUGAAGCUCCUUAACCAGACGCAUGAGAUCCGAAUCAUCUUCUCCAUUUGAUUAAGUGUAGAGAUCCUCUGGGUCCGCAAAUCAGUCACAGUCUAGCCAUGGAUCAAUCCCUCCAGAACACACACGCGAAGCUGGUGGCGCGUGACAUCCACCGCCUUGUACCAUCGACGAUAGAAGCCAACUCUUUCUCCCUCGGAGGUAACGUUUGUGUCUCACGCGUAGAGACAGUAGGCACGAUCGUCUCUCGCGAGAUGACCCAUAAGUUCCUCAAGUUCGACGUCGACGAUGGCACGGGCUGCGUCACGUGCGUCAUAUGGCUCAACCAACUCUCGUCUUCUUACUUCUCUCGGUGCGACUCGUCCACGAUUCUGCUGCUCGCAAGCGCCGCGCGUAAACAGGCCGCAGAGGUCAGGAUCGGAGCGGUGGCUCGCGUUCGCGGCCGCGUCGGCUCGUACAGAGGAGCGAUGCAGAUUACGGCGACUGUUGUGGUGGUCGAGAGAGACCCGAACGCUGAGAUCUUGCACUGGUUGGAGUGUGUAAGGCUCAGUCGAAGCUGUUAUCGUAUUCAAAGUUAAUAUAUUCAAUCAAGAUUCAAGAGAGAUCAUUUCAACUGUAGCUCAUGGUCCAAACUCGUUGCAAGUUCCUUUUUCAAAGACCUAUCAUCCAUCAUCUCUGAUAUUUAGUUUCUUCAUCUGUAUUGAAAAUUUGAAACACGAAUUGAUAACUCCCUAUGUAAAAUUUAGUUUUGGCA